AUGCCCCGACCAAUCCACCUCGCAGUCUUUUCUAAUGGUCCCAGAAGAGCUCUCUACAGCGUCUUCAUCCCUCUCCCGGAAUCCGAGAAGAAGGGAAAACUCAUCCACGUUGAUGGAAAUCCAGGCUUUGGCUUCGCGCACCAGUUUAUCCGCAAGUUCGACCUUGACGCUCUCCCCGGUCCAUACCAAAUUCUCCCGCUGGGCCUCGUCGAUGAUCAGCUCAUAAACGACUCCGAUACGCCGGAUCCGAAUGUACCUCCGCUCCCUCCAAUGCCGGGUCAAGAGCACUUCCCUUUCACGCAUGAUGCCACCCCGCGCGAUGCACUAGAAACCGUCGCAACGCAGGUCCCGCCUCCUGUGCGGAGCGAGAAUCCCUUUGAUCCUGCCGCACCGAACUGGCAGACCUGGUUGGGAGAUUAUGUGCGCAGGCUUGUGGAUGAGGGGUACCUAGGCCGUGAGGCGAUUGCCGUGUUCGAGAACGCGCCCAGGGUUCUAGAUGAUGAGCAGCGUGAUGAGCUUUGA